GAAACCAGACCCAGGUGCUGCCCCAGUGCAACGACUCUAUGGCAGAAUCAGCAGGCUCUGAGGCCUCAGCGGAGAGCGCCUCCUACUGCUCAGACAGAAGACAGCUCCGCCUGGUGGGCGGAACAGGUCCCUGCGCCGGGAGAGUGGAGAUCCUUGACCAGGGCUCCUGGGGCACCAUCUGUGAUGACGGCUGGGACCUGGACGAUGCCCGCGUGGUGUGCAGGCAGCUGGGCUGUGGAGAAGCCCUCAAUGCCACAGGGUCUGCUCACUUUGGGGCAGGAUCAGGGUCCAUCUGGCUGGACGACGUGAACUGCACAGGAAAGGAGUCCCACGUGUGGAGGUGCCCUUCCCGGGGCUGGGGGCAGCAUGGCUGCAGACACAAGGAGGACGCGGGGGUCAUCUGCUCAGAGUUCCUGGCCCUCAGGAUGGUGAGCGAGGACCAGCAGUGUGCUGGGUGGCUGGAAGUUUUCUACAAUGGGACCUGGGGCAGUGUCUGCCGCAGCCCCAUGGAAGACAUCACUGUGUCCGUGAUCUGCAGACAGCUUGGCUGUGGGGACAGUGGAACCCUCAACUCUUCUGUUGGUCUCAGGGAAGGUUCUAGACCUCGGUGGGUGGAUGGAAUCCUCUGUCGGAAAACUGACACCUCUCUCUGGCAGUGUCCUUCUGACCCUUGGAAUUAUACUUCAUGCUCUCCCAAGGAGGAAGCCUAUAUCUUGUGUGCAGGUAGCAGACAGCUCCGCCUGGUGGACGGGGGCGGUCCCUGCGCCGGGAGAGUGGAGAUCCUUAACCAGGGCUCCUGGGGCACCAUCUGCGAUUACAGCUGGAACAUGAAAGAUGCCCACGUGGUCUGCAGACAGCUGGGCUGUGGAGAAGCCCUCGAUGCCACUCGCUCUUCUUCCUUUGGGGCGGGAUCAGGGCCCAUUUGGCUGGACAACGUGAAGUGCACAGGAAAAGAGUCCCACGUGUGGAGGUGCCCUUCCCGGGGCUGGGGGAAGCACUACUGUGAUCACAGCGAGGAUGCAGGAGUCAUCUGCUCAG